CAACAGCAAUAACAUACGUUGUAUCCCCAAACAAAUUAGACAGAUGAGAUCCUCAACUAUUGAAAGAGUAUGCCCUCUAGUUUAUUGCCUUUUCUUGUAUGUUCACCUACUUUCAUCACAAAACUACUUUCCACAUUUUGCUUCCGCUAGUUCAACUACCGAAGCAAACGCUCUUCUCGAAUGGAAAGCCAGCUUUCUAAAUCAAACCUCCCACAAUAACCAGCUCAAGGAUUGGAUUUACCUUCCCAAGACUAAUACCAAUGACACCAAUUCUUCCAGAAACCCCAAAGCAAAGGAGGCAAGCCCAUGUAUUUGGGCUGGUAUUUCAUGCAAUGCUGCUGGGAGUGUCACCAACAUAACCAUUGCCAGUUUUGGUAUACAAGGUACGCUACAUGAAUUCUCAUUCUUGUCCUUCCCCAAUCUCGAAUAUCUUGAUAUCAGCGUCAAUAAUCUCUUUGAUGUCAUCCCACCUCAAAUCAGUUCGCUCUCAAAACUCCUUCAUCUUGACCUCUCUAAUAACCAGUUCUCCGGGAGAAUUCCAUCAGAAAUUGGUCUUCAGAGAAAUCUUACAAUUCUCUAUCUCCACAAGAAUAAUCUUUCUGAUGUUAUUCCUCCUUCGUUAGGGAACCUGAAAUCGCUUGUGAAUCUAUCAUUGAGUUAUAAUCUACUCAAUGGUUCAAUUCCAGCAUCACUUGGUGAUCUCAUAAACAUUAAAAGCCUCCACCUCAGCCAAAAUAACCUCCAUGGCAACAUUCCAAAAGAAUUAGGGAACCUGAAAUCUUUGGUGGAUCUAAGGUUGGCCAUCAAUCAACUCAAUGGUUCAAUUCCGACAACAUUGGGUGAUCUAACCAACCUUACCACUCUCUAUCUCUAUUCAAAUAAUCUCUCAGGCACCAUUCCAAAAGAGUUAGGGAAUCUGAAAUAUUUGGUGAAUCUAGAUUUGAGCACCAAUCAACUCAGUGGUUCAAUUCCCAAGACAUUGGGUAAUCUGACCAACCUUACUAGUCUUAAUCUCUAUUUUAAUAAUCUUUCUAGCACCAUUCCAAAAGAGUUAGGGAACUUGAAAUCUUUGGUGUAUCUAGCAUUAGACUACAAUCAACUCAGUGGUUCAAUUCCGACAACAUUGGGUGAUCUGACCAACCUUACCAAUCUUUAUCUAGAUUCAAAUAAUCUCUCUGGCACCAUUCCAAAUGAGUUGGGGAACUUGAAAUCUUUGGUGAUUCUAUGGUUGAGCAUCAAUCAACUCAGUGGUUCAAUUCCGACAAUAUUGGGUGAUCUGACCAACCUUACCACUCUUUAUCUCCAUUCAAAUAACCUCUCUAGCACCAUUCCAAAAGAGUUAGGGAACUUGAAAUCUUUGGUGGAUCUAGAAUUGAGCAACAAUCAUCUCAGUGGUUCAAUUCCGACAACAUUGGGUGAUCUGACCGACCUUACCACUCUUUAUCUAGAUUCAAAUAAUCUCUCUGACACCAUUCCAAAAGAGUUAGGGAACCUGAAAUCUUUGGUGGAUCUAGAAUUGAGCAACAAUCAUCUCAGUGGUUCAAUUCCGACAACAUUGGGUGAUCUGACCGACCUUACCACUCUUUAUCUAGAUUCAAAUAAUCUCUCUGGCACCAUUCCGAAAGAGUUAGGGAACCUGAAAUCUUUGGUGGAUUUAGAAUUGAGCAACAAUCAUCUCAGUGGUUCAAUUCCGACAACAUUGGGUGAUCUGACCGACCUUACCACUCUUUAUCUCUAUUCAAAUAACCUCUCUGGCACCAUUCCAAAAGAGUUAGGGAACCUGAAAUCUUUGGUGGAUCUAGAAUUGAGCAACAAUCAUCUCAGUGGUUCAAUUCCGACAACAUUGGGUGAUCUGACCGACCUUACCACUCUUUAUCUAGAUUCAAAUAAUCUCUCUGGCACCAUUCCAAAAGAGUUAGGGAUUCUGAAAUCUUUGGUGGAUCUAGAAUUGAGCAACAAUCAUCUCAGUGGUUCAAUUCCGACAACAUUGGGUGAUCUGACCGACCUUACCACUCUUUAUCUCCAUUCAAAUAACCUCUCUGGCACCAUUCCAAAAGAGUUAGGGAACCUGAAAUCUUUGGUGGGUCUAGAAUUGAGCUUCAAUCAUCUUAGUGGUUCAAUUCCGAGAACAUUGGGUGAUCUGACCAACCUUACUGCUCUCCAUCUCGGUUCAAAUAAUCUCUCUGGCACCAUUCCAAAAGAGUUAGGGAACCUGAAAUCUUUGGUGGAUCUCGAAUUGAGCAUCAAUCAUCUCAGUGGUUCAAUUCCGACAACAUUGGGUGAUCUGACCAACCUUACUGCUCUCUAUCUCGGUUCAAAUAAUCUCUCUGGCACCAUUCCAACAGAGUUAGGGAAUCUGAAAUAUUUGGUGGGUCUAGAUUUGUGCUACAAUCAACUCAAUGGUUCAAUUCUGUCAACAUUGGGUGAUCUGACCCACCUUACCACUCUUUAUCUUUAUUCAAAUAAACUCUCUGGCACCAUUCCAAAAGAGUUAGGGAACUUGAAAUCUUUGGCAGAUCUACAAUUGAGCAUCAAUCAACUUACUGGUUCUAUACCAGCCGAGAUUGGAAACGCAACCCAAAUUAAUGUGCUGGAUCUUUCAUCAAAUGGUUUAGUCGGCACAAUUCCAAAGGAGAUUGGGGGAUUAACUUCAAUGGUGAAACUGAUGUUGGAUGGCAAUCAACUUUCAGGUCGUGUCCCUUUAGAGUUGAAAUCAUUAAUUGAUCUAGAAUAUCUUGAUGUAUCAGCAAAUAAAUUGAACGAUUCAAUUCCAAGCUUUGUAGGUGACUUUCAUAAGUUAUAUUACUUGAAUUUGAGCAACAACAAGUUCAGUCAAGCAAUUCCAUUUCAGUUGGGGAAGUUAUUUCAACUAUCCCAACUAGAUUUGAGUUUUAACGCACUUGAAGGUCAUAUAGCAUCAGAUGUAAGCAAAAUGCAGAGUCUAGAGAUACUUAAUAUAUCCCACAACAAUCUUUUUGGUUUCAUUCCAACAAGUAUGGAAGACAUGCAUGGGCUAACGUAUGUUGACAUAUCCUACAAUCACUUGGAAGGUCCACUUCCCAACAUCAAAGCAUUUCUAGCUGCUCCUCCAGAAGCAUUGCAAGGCAACAAGGGCUUGUGUGGCAACUCAAGUUUUUUGCAACUUUGCAAUAAUGAAAGCCCAAAAAAAGACCAUAAACUCAUACUUCUGAUGAUCUUCCUUGUUCUUGGAGCAAUUGCACUUCUAGCCUUUAUAUUUGCUUUUGUAGCAAAAAGGAAAAAGAAGCAUAAGCAUCUAGAAGAAAAAAAUAGGGAUGACGAAAUUUCUUUUUCGAUAUUGAAGUUUGAUGGGAAGACGAUGUAUGAGGAAAUCAUAAGGGCAACAAAAGAUUUUGAUUCUAUGUAUUGCAUAGGGAAGGGAGAACAUGGAACUGUCUACAAAGCAACUUUGUCAAAUGCUAACACAGUAGCUGUGAAGAAACUCCAUUUGUUAUGCGCUGAUGGCGAGAAUCUUCAAAAAGAAUUCUUGAAUGAAAUCAGGGCACUAACUGAGAUGCGACACCGAAAUAUUGUGAAGCUUUAUGGUUUUUGUUCACAUAGGUGUCACUCAUUUUUGGUGUAUGAGUAUCUUGAGAAGGGUAGUUUGGCCAGAGUGUUGAGCAAGGUUCAGGAAGCUAAAGAACUAGGGUGGAGUGAAAGGGUGAAUAUCGUGAAAGGUGUAGUUCUUGCCUUGUGUUACAUGCAUCAUGAUUGCAUGCCACCAAUUGUACAUCGGGAUAUAUCGAGCAAGAACAUUUUACUGGAUGCAGAGUAUGAGGCUUGCGUUUCAGACUUUGGCACUGCUAAGUUCUUAAACCCAAACUCAGCUAAUUGGACUGCCCUUGUAGGCACAUAUGGAUAUGUUGCACCAGAGCUUGCUUAUACAAUGGAAGUGAAUGAGAAGUGUGACGUUUAUAGCUUUGGAGUGUUGACAUUGGAAAUAAUUAUGGGAAGACAUCCUGGAGAUCUUCUGUCAUCUUUAUCAUCGUCCUCAUCAACUGCAUUACCUGCCAUUGAAAUGCCAAUUGUGGAUGUUUUAGACCAACGCAUAUCACCUCCCACUCGUCAAGUUACAGGGGAAGUGCUCUCUAUUGUGAAGAUAGCAUUUUCAUGCAUGAAUUCCAGUCCUCAAUUUCGUCCAACAAUGAAACAAGUUUAUCAACAAUUGGAAACUCAAAGGCUACAUUUGUCAAGGCCACUACAUAUGAUAACAUGUGGUGAAUUGCUUGCUCUCAAGGGUUUGACUAUUUGAGAAACUGAAAGUCAGAGAGUAUGCUUCUUCCUAUGUAUAUAUUUUAGUCUCUGCCAUCUUAUUUCCAGAAUAAAGAUUUUCUUAGAUGUUUCAUUUUUGUAAUUUAUUACAAAUAGGGAAUUGAAGCUUCCAGGAUCGACGAUUCUCGAGCCAAUCAUGUUGGAUAACAGCGGAAGCGUAAAUAUUGAAAACUAAUUUUGGAUA